CCCCAUUGUAAAAUGGAACGUAUUCGAGUUUAUCUGGAGAAUCUGAAGCAAGGACUGCAAAUUGAUGUCAUGAGGGAAGUUGGACGUCAAUACCCUGUCUUUUGCGUUCUUCUGGUUUUCAUGCUUUCAUCAACUAUACUUCUUAAUAGGUAGAUUUUGUGGACAUACAGUGGAUAUUUGUUAAUGUGGAAUGACAUGUUAUGCCUCAGUCAUAAUGUAAUUUGAAGUACAUAUAGUAAAAGUUAUCUUGGUCAUUCUGGAGUGUCAGGAAAAGUCAGUUCAGCAUCCUGUCUAAACUCAUUAUUUCAGAAUGUUUCUUUUUUUUUAGUUCAGGCAUUAACUAGAUAUCUAGCUAUGUGUGUCUGACCAGGUUUUUCUUCCAGGUAUCUCCACAUUCUGAUGGUGUUUUGGUCCUUCCUGGCUGGAGUGAUUACAUUAUGUUGCUCACUCGGCACGGAAUCCCUCCUGCCCAACAUCCUCUUCACCAUGAAGCCCAAGAACAAAGUAAGUUGAAUGUUAAAAACACAAAUACCAGUAGUCGGAGGGUAAUGCAGUGUCAUACCAGUGGUGAAGUGACUCAGUUGCUUAACUUUCUAAUGGGUCUGUUCCCAUUUGUAAGUGGGAUAUCCAAAAGUACGUUUUGUAGCUUUAGGAUCUCCCUCUAUUUGUCCAGCACCAGGAGCAACAGGAGCUGUUUCAAUUGGGACACAGCUGUGCAGUGUGUGGGAAAGUAAAGUGCAAACGUCACAGGUAUGUCAGCACACUAGUGAUGCUAGGGUUGACUCAUAACCCGCUGUCCCCGCGCGGGCGCGUUAAGGAUCAUGAAAUAUUGUGUGAAUAAAGGGUGGGUCGCGGCCAGGUUGAUUAAAGAGAAAACAAGGCAUUAAAAAUCCAUAAUGUAUCAAUCUUGUACAAUUCGUUUCUAUAGGCUACAUUUAGGUUUUUCUUAAUUUAUUUUUAUUUGGUGUUAGGCCCUAAAGUUUAGGCUUAUACGCACGCCAUAUACACUCCAAUUGCCAAAUGCUUUUGGGAACUUGGGCAGAAAAAGUUAAUGUCGAUCCACUUAGGCAAAGAGGAGAAUGUCAGAGUUUAAUUCAAUAAGAAAAGCUGCGAAAUGGAGAAUUGAAAAUGAAGAGAAGAGAGGGUCAGAGCAGUAGCCUAAUGUUUUGGAAUAUGGCACAUGAAUGGAACUGACUGUAGGUCUAUAACCUCACAUAGCCUAAAAUAAUAUUAAGAGUAAAAUCAUACACCAAAUGUACAUUUUGACUCUGGAACACGAGUGGAGAAAUAUGAUUUCUUUCUUUCAGCAUUUUGAGAGAAUAAAUGCGCUGUUAGGGAUUGUCUGAAAAGGUGCGGUCUUUAUCAGCAUCAUAAAAGCUGAUUUAGUAUUUCAAUCACAUAAAAUAUGCAUCCAAUCCGAGCUGAAAUGUUAUUUAGUCUUCUAGGGCAACAAGUAAUGACGAGAAGCUGCAUGUAUCCAAUUAUAGACAAGUUGACUAACAAAUAGCCUACCAAAAUGUCGGAAAUUAUAAGCAGGAACAUAGGCCUAUCUAAAUUAGUCUUAAAAAAAGAUAAUCCCGCACCCCAUGUCAAAAAGUUGUUCCGAUAUCCCUGACCGUACAGCGCAAAUUCUAUAUUUGUGGGUUAGGGUCGGAUGCAGGCCUAAUUUUCACAAUCACAUAAUCGGGAAGUUGCGGAUGGGUUAUUAGCAAUUGCGGGCAGGUGCGGGUGAACAAACAGCUGACACGCCACUCAAUAUUGCACAAAUAGAGUCAACAGACCAGAUGUCACGUUUACAUAGUGAAUGCUUAAGAAUAAAUCUUGUGUUGAACAAUGAACAGAAGUGGCAUUGAGUAAAAUGCUAAGAAGGAUUUGACCCCAUUGGUUAGAGGUGCAUCUGGAGUUAAUCUGCCAUCUAGUGGACACUAGAAUACGGUUACAUUAACACAAUAAUGCGAUUAUUGUGGAUAGUCAGAUUAAUAUAGCCUAAUAGUUCGAUUAAAACGUUUACAUGCUUUGCAAGAAGAACGAUUUCCCUAAUAAUCCUGUUUACAUGGAUACAUCUGAAAUCAGGCUACCUGAUGGCAGACAAUCAGCAAUCAAAAUGAAAGUUCUACCACAGCGACCAUGUUCUUUUUGGGAAAAAUAUUUGAUUCUGAUUUCGGAGACAUAUAAAGUUUGUAUGUGAAAACUACUUCACGCCAAAUACACUCCAAUUGCCAAAUGCUUUUGGGAAUUUGGGCAGAACUCACUAACCUCGCGCUAAAGAGGGAGGCUCGCUCGGCCUAUGCUAGCACAUGCGCAGAUCAAAUACACUGCUGGAACACCGAUUAAAAAGGUGUUUACAUGUCCUAAUCAUUUGAAAGAUUGCUCAGAAAACCAGGUGUUUUAAUUGUCAUAUGCUUACUUUGAUUUUGACCGUACGCCGAUUUUAAGAUAAGCAGAGUAAGGUGUUUACAUGACUAUUGCAUAAUCUGCCAACUGCCAUAAUCAGUUUAAUAUUGAAUUAUUACUGCGCAUGUAAAUUUACUCUGAGUAUGUGCUGCACAGGACGGACUGACACAUUCACACAUCACUAUGCCAUUAAUUGCUUGCAAAUGAUUGUGUGAUAAAUAUAUGACUGAAUUGUCAUUGAAAUAAAAAAAUAUAAUGACAAAAAACGUGAAAUGUUGUCCUUCACAGACCAACUUUACUCCUAGAAAACUAUCAGCCAUGGUUGGACUUGAAAGUCUACUCAAAAGUGGAUGCUUCUAUGUCAGAGGUACAGUAAUGGAUCAUUUCAAUGAUAUCAUUUUGAUUUUGAAAAUCACAAAUGCAGUUAGUAAUUAUUGAUAUUUGGCCGUUAGGUGCUCGAGUUGGUUCUGGAGAAUUUUGUAUAUCCCUGGUACAGGUGAGUAGAUUCUACCACAGUUUUGAAUGAUUUGACAUGAUUUGACUUAUGUUUUCUGUCUGGAGAAGAAAGGGAUUUUGGUAUGCGUAUUUCAUUAUGCUUUUUAUUACUUUACUUUAUAGGGACAUCACCGAUGAUGAGGCAUGCGUAGAUGAACUGAGAAUGACCUUUCGUUUCUUUGCAUCUGUGUUAGUUCGACGCGCUCAGAAGGUGAUAUAUAGUUCUGUCUAUUCAUCUCUUUCAGCCCACAUUCUGUUCUCCAAAUAUCAUUCAAACAAUCAAUGAAAUUUGAUUUAUAAAGCCCUUUUUACAUCAGCAGAUGUCACAAAGUGCUAUACAGAAACCCAGCCUAAAACCCCAAACAGCAAUCAAUGCAGAUGUAGAAGCACGGUGGCUAGGAAAAACUCCCUAGAAAGGCAGAAACCUAGGAAGAAACCUAGAGAGGAACUAGGCUCUGAGGGGUGGCCAGUCCCCUUCUGGCUGUGCUGGGUGGAGAAUAUAACAGUACAUGGUCAUUAAGGCCAGAUUUUUCUCCCAAGAUGUUCAAACGUUCAUAGAUGACCAGCAGGGUCAAAUAAUAAUCACAGUGGUUGUAGAGGUUGCAACAGGUCAGUACAUCAGGAGUUAAAUGUCACUUGGCUUUUCAUAGCCGAGCAUUUAGAGGUUGAAAUAGCAGGUGCGGUAGAGAGAGUUGAAAACAGCAGGACUGGGACAAGGUAGCACGUCCGGUGAACAGGUCAGGGUUUCAUAGCCGCUGGCAGAAAACUGGAAACUGGAGCAUCAGCACGACCAGGUGGACUGGGGACAGCAAGGUGUCCUCAGGCCAGGUAGUCCUGAGGCAUGGUCCUAGGGCUCAGGUCCUCCGGGAUGGGAGGGAGAGAGGGAGAAUAGUAACCUUUGUCAGAAACAUUAGCGUAUAUAAGAGUUUCGUAUGUUAUUUGUAUCCACAUAUUGCUAAUGAUUACUACAGUGUUAAUGUACUGUGGCAAUUUUUCAGACUGUGUAAUUGUUUCACACAGGUUGAUGUCCCCUCACUUAUUACCGGCAAAAUGAUGAAAGCUGCCAUGAAGCACGUUGAAAUCAUUGCAAAGGCCAAACAAAAAGGUUUACAAUUUGUUUUGUAGAUUUGUUUUGCACAUUUUCAUUCUCACAGUAGUAUUCUGCACUGCAAGAUGUUGGUCAAUAAAGAAAACAAAAUGUGUACUGGCUGUGCAAGGUUUAAUACUCUGUGUGUUCUAGUGAAGAACACUGAAGGUUUGCAGCAGGCUGCUCUGGAUGAGUAUGGCCCUGACCUGCAUGUUGCCCUGUGCAGUCGCAGAGAUGAGCUGCUUUAUCUCAGGAAGGUGACGGAGAUGCUCUUUGCCUAUCUCAUGCCUCCCAAAGCCACUGACUGCAGGUAGGCCCAACCAACCAGGCAGUCCAUGCACCUCUGUCAGUCAGAAUCCUAAAUUGUAUUAUUCUAUCACUAUCUUGUUAUCAAAAUGAUUGACAUUUAAAUGUUUUAUUGAUCUCAACCACUAAAUAUAUUGAGUGAACAUUUUCCUGUCAGAUCUUCCUCAGGGGAAAAACAGAGAACUCUACAGUUAAAUACAUUUGAAAUAAGGCACUUUAUCUGAAUCCUAUGUCUUCCUGAUUGUCAGAUCUCUAGCUCUGCUGAUGCGAGAGGUCAUGGUAGGGUCUGUGUUCCUCCCCAUCUUGGACUUCAUGGCUGAUCCUGUAAGUAGAAUGUUGUGUGCUUAGUGAUAUAGGAUACGAGAAUAAACAGAUUCAAAAGUAUUCUUCCCCCUUGGCGAUUUUUCUAUUUAGUUGCAUUACAACCUGUAAUUUAAAUGGAUUUUUAUUUGGAUUUCAUGUAAUGCACAUACACAAAAUAGUCUAAAUUGGUGAAGUGAAAUGAAAAGAAUAACUUGUAUCAAAAAUUCUAAGAAAUAGAUAAUGGAAAAGUGGUGCGUGCAUAUGUAUUCACCCCCUUUGCUAUGAAGCCCCUAAAUAACAUCUGGUGCAACCAAUUACCUUCAGAAGUCACAUAAUGUGUUAAAUAAAGUCCACCUGUGUGCCAUCUAAGUGUCACAUGAUCUCAGUAUAUAUACGCCUGUUCUGAAAGGCCCCAGAGUCUGCAACACCACUAAGCAAGAGGCACCACCAAGCAAGCGGCAUCAUGAAGACCAAGGAGCUCUCUAAACAGGUCAGGGACAAAGUUGUGGAGAAGUACACAUCAGGGUUGGGUUAUAAAAAAUAUCCAAAACUUUGAACAUCCCACGGAGCACCAUUUAAAUCCAUUAUAAAAAAAUUGAAAGAAUAUGGCACCACAACAAACCUGCCAAGAGAGGGCCGCCCACCAAAACUCACAGACCAGGCAAGGAGGGCAUUAAUCAGAGAGGCAACAAAGAGACCAAAGAUAACCCUGAAGGAGCUGCAAAGCUCCACAGCGGAGAUUGGAGUAUCUGUCCAUAGGACCACUUUAAGCCGUACACUCCACAGAGCUGGGCUUUAUGGAAGAGUGGCCAGAAAAAAGCCAUUGCUUAAAGAAAAAAAUAAGCAUACACGUUUGGUGUUCGCCAAAAGGCAUGUGGGAGACUCCCCAAACAUAGAAGAAGGUACUCUGGUCAGAUGAGACAAAAAUUGAGCUUUUUGGCCAUCAGGGAAAACACUAUGUCUGGCGCAAACCCAACACCUCUCAUCACCCCGAGAACACCAUCCACAGUGACGCAUGGUGGAGGCAGCAUCAUGCUGUGGGAAUGUUUUUCAUCGGCAGGGACUGGGAAACUGGUCAGAAUUGAGAGAUUUGAGACUGGGACGGAGGUUCACCUUCCAGCAGGACAAUGACCCUAAGCAUACUGCUAUUUAUUUCACCUUUAUUUAACCAGGUAAGCCAGUUAAGAACAAGUUCUCAUUUACAACUGCGACCUGGCCAAGAUAAAGCAAAGCAGUGCGAUAAAAACAACAACACAGUGUUACAUAUGGGGUAAACAAAAGUUGGAUGGGCUAAUUACAGAUGGGCUGUGUACAGGUGCAGUGAUCGGUAAGCUGCUCUGACAACUGAUGCUUAAAGUUAGUGAGGGAGAUAAGAGUCUCCAGCUUCAGAGAUUUUUGCAGUUCGUUCCAGUCAUUGGCAGCAGAGAACUGGAAGGAAUGGCGGCCAAAGGAGGUGUUGGCUUUGGGGAUGACCAGUGAGAUAUACCUGCUGGAGCGCAGACUACGGGUGGGUGUUGCUAUGGUGACCAGUGAGCUAAGAUAAGACAGGGAUUUGCCUAGCAGUGAUUUAUAGAUGACCUGGAGCCAGUGGGUUUGGCGACGAAUAUGUAGAGAGGGCCAGCCAACAAGAGCGUACAGGUCACAAUGGUGGGUAGUAUAUGGGGCUUUGGUGACAAAAUGGAUGUUACUGUGAUAGACUACAUCCAAUUUACUGAGUAGUGUUGGAAGCUAUUUUGUAAAUGACAUCGCCGAAGUCAAGGUUCGGUAGGAUAGUCAGUUUUACGAGGGCAUGUUUGGCAGCAUGAGUGAAGGAGGCUUUGUUGCGAAAAAGAGUCGGCCCAAGAAUUGAACCCUGUGGCACCCCCAUAGAGACUGCCAUAGGUCCAGACAACAGGCCCUCCGAUUUGACACAUUGAACUCUAUCUGAGAAGUAGUUGGUGAACCAGGCGAGGCAGUCAUUUGAGAAACCAAGGCUAUUUAGUCUGCCAAUAAGAAUGCGGUGGUUGACAGAGUCGAAAGCCUUGGCCAGGUCGAUGAAGACUGCUGCACAGUACUGUCUUUUAUCGAUCGCGGUUAUAAUAUCGUUUAGGACCUUGAGCAUGGCUGAGGUGCACCCAUGACCAGCUCGGAAACCGGAUUGCAUAGUGGAGAAGGUACAGUGGGAUUCGAAAUGGUUGGUGAUCUGUUUGUUAACUUGGCUUUCAAAAACGUUUGAAAGGCAGGGCAGGAUGGAUAUAGGUCUGUAACAGUUUGGAUCUAGAGUGUCACCCCCUUUGAAGAGGGGGAUGACCGCGGCAGCUUUCCUUGUUCAAAAAAUUUUUUUUGAACACACACAAAUAAUGGUGUAUAGGUAUGAAAGACAUGUGUACAGUUCUUAUCUAAACAUAAGAGAACAGACAUGAACAACAAGACCCAGAGUUCUGGACACAAAACAAAUAUUACAAAACACGACAUACAGAACAGGGACAGGUAGAAAGAAAAAGGGUAGAUGUAACUUCCCCACUUAUACCCCCCUUUAUCCCGCCCCCCUUAUUCCACCCUAUUCCCCUCCCGACUGCUCGAGUGUCGGGGCCAGCACACGCUGCCCAAAGGUAGAUUACAAUAUGACAAUUGAGAGUGCGUUAAAAAGUACAAAUUCACAGCGCCGACUGGUCCAAGUAAGAGAGGAAAGGCUGACAGAUUUGAUCAAAUGUUGAUAAUUUAUUGUUCAGAAUAUAUCUAAUUCUUUCUAAGUGUACAGUGUUUGCCAAUUCGCUGAGCCAUAAUUUGGUAGAGGGCGCUUCCCUCCUUUUCCAAAACAACAAGAUUAAUUUUUUUGCCGAAAUGAGACUGUAAGAGAUUAGUUGUUUUUGGGAGUUGGUUAAUCCGUUUAGGGAAUCGGACACUCCCAGGAUUAUCAGAAGCGGGUCUGGGUCUAUUGAAGUCUCCAGAACUUCAGCGAGGACCCCAAAAAUUCCACACCAAUAACCAUACAGGCUAGAGCAUAGGGCAAAGCAGUGGAGUAGUGUACCCUGCUCAGUCUGACAUUUAUCACACAUAGGGGAUGUAUCAGGAAAUAUCCUAUGCAGUUUAGUUUUGGAAUAGUGUAAUCUGUGUAAUACCUUAAAUUGUAUGAGACGAUGUCUGGAGUUAAUGGAGCAGGUGUGGAUAUACUCCAAGCUAUCCUCCCAGUCUGCCACCGAAAUAUCAGUCCCUAGUUCUUCCUCCCAUUUUGCCUUAAUGGCAUCAGUAGAGGGUGACCGCGGCAGCUUUCCAAUCUCUGGGGAUCUCAGACGUUACGAAAGAGAGGUUGAACAGGCUAGUAAUAGGGGUUGCGACAAUUUCGGCGGCUAAUUUUAGAAAGAAAGUGUUCAGAUUGUCUAGCCCAGCUGAUUUGUAGGGGUCCAGAUUUUUCAGCUCUUUCAGAACAUCAGCUGUCUGAAUUUGUGUAAAGGAGAAGCGGGGGGGGGGGGGCAUGGGCAAGUUGCAGCGGAGGGUGCAGAGCUGGUGGCCGGGGUAAUGGUAGCCAGGUGGAAAGCAUGGCCAGCCGUAGCAAAAUGCUUGUUGAAAUUCUCGAUUAUUGUAGAUUUAUCGGUGGUGACAGUGUCUCCUAGCCUCAGUGCAGUUGGGAGGAGGUGCUCUUAUUCUCCAUGGACUUUAGUGUCCCAAAACUUUUUGGAGUUAGUGCUACAGGAUGCAAAUUUCUGUUUGAAAAAGCUAGCCUUUUCUUUCGUAACUGAUUGUGUAUAUUGGUUCCUGACUUCCCUGAAAAGUUGCAUAUCGCGGGGGCUGUUCGAUGCUAAUGCAGUACGCCACAGGAUGUUUUUGUGCUGGUCAAGGGCAGUCAAGUCUGAGGAGAACCAGGGGCUAUAUCUGUUCUUAGUUCUGAAUUUUUUUAAUGGGGCAUGCUUAUUUAAGAAUGAGAGGAAAGCACUUUUAAAGAACAACCAGGCAUCCUCUACUGAUGGAAUGAGGUCAAUAUCCAUCCAGGAUACCCAGGCCAGGUCAAUUAGAAAGGCCUGCUCGCUUAAGUGUUUUAGGGAGGGUUUGACAGUGAUGAGGGUUGGUCGUUUGACCGCGGACCCAUUACGGACGCAGGCAAUAAGGCAGUGAUCGCUGAGAUCCUGGUUGAAGACAGCGGAGGUGUAUUUAGAGGGUAAAUUAGUCAGGAUGAUAUCUAUGAGGGUGCCCAUGUUUACAGAUUUUGGGUUGUACCUGGUAGGUUUGUUGAUAAUUUGUGUGAAAUUGAGGGCAUCUAGUUUAGAUUGUAGGUUGGCCGGGGUGUUAAGCAUAUCCCAGUUUAGGUCACCAAGCAGUACGAACUCUGAGGAUAGAUGGGGGGCGAUUAGUUCACAUAUGGUGUCCAGGGCACAGCUCGGGGCUGAGGGGGGUCUGUAGAAAGCGGCAACAGUGAGAGACUUAUUUCUGGAAAGGUGGAUUUUUAGAAGUAGAAGCUCAAACUGUCUGGGCACAGACCUGGAUAGUAUGAUAGAGCUCUGCAGGCUAUCUCUACAGUAGAUUGCAACCCCACCCCCUUUGGCAGUUCUAUCGAGACGGAAAAUGUUGUAGUUGGGGAUGGACAUUUCAGAAUUUUUGGUGGCCUUCCUAAGCCAGGAUUCAGACACUGCUAGAACAUCAGGGUUGGCGGAGUGUGCUAACGCAGUGAAUAACUCAAAUUUAGGGAGGAGGCUUCGGAUGUUAACAUGCAAGAAACCAAGGCUUUUACGGUUACAGAAGUCAACAAAUGAUAACGCCUGGGGAGUAGGAGUGAUACUGGGGGCUACAGGGCCUGGGUUAACCUCUACAUCGCCAGAGGAACAGAGGAGGAGUAGAAUAAGGAUACGGCUAAAGGCUUUAAGAACUGGUCUUCUAGUGCGUUGGGUACAGAGAAAAAAAGGGGCAGAUUUUCGGGCGUUGUAGAAUAGAUUCAGGGCAUUAUGUACAGACAAGGAUAUGGAAGGAUAUGAGUACAGUUUAAGGGGAAACAUUUAAAUAUCUUGGAAUGGCCUAGUCAAAGCCCAGACCUCAAUCCAAGCUUAUAGAGACAUACCCCAAGAGACUUGCAGCUGUAAUUGGUGCAAAAGGUGGCUCUACAAAGUAUUGACUUAGGGGGGUUAAUAGUUAUGCACGCUCAAGUUUUCUGUUUAUUUUGCAUCUUCAAAGUGGUAGGCAUGUUGUGUAAAUCAAAUGAUACAAACCCCCCAAAAAUCUAUUUUAAUUCUAGGUUGUAAGGCAACAAAAUACGAAAAAUGCCAAGGGGGGGUGAAUACUUUCGCAAGCCACUGUAAAUGAGCAGAACAUGUACUUCUGGAAUGGUAGCAAUUUAACUGAGUGGUGGUUGACAAAUUCCGUCUUAUUGAUGCAUUCCUCCUGUUGCCUUUCAGGAUACUGUGAACCACAUGGUGCUAGUAUUUGUUGAUGACUCUCCAGUAAGUAAAUUGGGUAUUUUACCAAUCCUGACGUGGAAGCAUCAUGCUGUCAUGCAUUUGUGAUUUAUUCCUGAAAUGUUUUCCCCAGCCUGAGCUGGCCAUGGAGCCACAAUCUGCCCUGGUUCCAUUCCUGCAGAAAUACGCUGACCCUCGUACCAAGAAGACAUCUGUAAGUACUUAGUCCCAUCGGCAUUUGGAACGGAAAGCCCUUUUAGUUAUGUAUCCAUUCCACUGACAACUAAUAGCUGUACUACUGUACCUUCUUAGUUCUAACAAGCACAAUUAGAAAGGUAGUCAGUAAACUAAAACAGACAUGACAACAAAAAAAAAGCCAAUAGAUGAAGUAUUGGUUUAGGGUUUUGCAUGGACAAGCACAUUUCUGAACUCUGUGGCUGUCCUCCUGCCUGUGGUUUCCCAGGUGCUGAAGCUGGAGCUGAAGGAGAUCCGGGAGCAACAGGACCUGUUCUUCCGCUUUAUGAACUUCCUGAAGCAGGAGGGGGCCGUGCAGGUUCUCCAGUUCUGCCUCACUGUGGGUAAGGACAGCACUACUUUCAGAGAUCCUCAAACAAGGCUAUAUAAGGCCUUUGUUUGCCCCUCCUACCACAUUCUCACCCUUACAAUUCAAAAUACAUUUGUAUUGCCAUCUUACCUGCAUGCUACUCCCAUAUUGAGGCAUUUAUAUUGAAGACCAUGAAUCUGUGAUGACACAGAGUAACCAUAGCCAGUGAUGUCUAGAGUAACCAUACUCAACCCCACUUCUCUUUCUUUAUUAGUGUGCUUGCUGAAGGCAAGACACUCUAGAUGUCUUAUUAUUUGACUUCUUCCGGCCCGCUCUAGAGCUUAAAUGAUUUAAGCUAUUAACACGAAAUCAACUUUCAAAUGUGCAGACUGCCCCAACUUAGAUUGCUUGAGAAAAUAUUUUUGAUAGCAUUUGAACUUUUUUUACUACAGCAAUAUUUAAAUGAGCUCCCAAUUUAAUUUAAAUGGCAAAAAAAUGGGCCAUAGACUUGAAAAUAAAUAAAAUCUAGACCUAUUAAACCUUUUACUGUUUCAGCUAUCAACUCCAAACCAACAUUGAGAUGUUCAGACUGACCCUACUUAGAUCGCUUGUCAAAAACCUGUUGAUACUAUAUAUACUUUUUGAACUAUAACCAUUUAAGAUUUGCAUAAAUUAACAUGGGUUUGAAUGAGACCCAUAUGAAUACAGAGGUAGCUAUUCAAAAUGCACCCUUCUGUAUGUGUAGCCCAUCUAUCUGAUGCUGUCUGAUCAAAAAUAGUAUGAUAUUGUUGCUGCCGUAGCAUUGAAUGCAAGGGAUGCCAGCUAGCAUUUGGCCUCCCUUGAUAAAACAAUUAUACAAUAAUAGUCAAUCAGCUUUGAGCUAAACUGAGUGAGCUCAACUGUGAAUGGUCCUCUCAAGGGAAGCAAGUUUGGAUUUGGCUUCACGCCAAUCACAUCACAUCAAGCCAAACGUCAUUUACAGAAAAAAACUUGAAUUGUUGCAUCUCGUUGUGUUGUUUUCCUCUGGUGGCUAGCUAGCUAGCUGAAAUUGACCCUUUCCUAAAUUAGCCAUAGACGGAGAUAGGAAUUUGGACUUGUGGUUUUACUUAAUUCUCCGUACUGACCAAUGAUUAUAACGGCGAUUCUGAUCCAACCAUAAAUGUAUACAUUGUGCCUCAGGCCUGACAGGAUGGAAGUUCAAUAUGUUGCUAGAUGUGGUAGGCUAAUGUUAACUAGAUGGCUAAUCGUUGCCCAUGAAGUCAGGCUAGUCAGCAAGCAUUUUAGCCAGGUAGCCUAGGACAACAAAAACUAAAAGCGUGUACUGUGUGACAGUCAUAGACCGUUUCGGCAACAUGAAAGAGAGGAGGAUGGCAAUGGCGUUUUUCUACAAGUGAGUCAACAUGUUUUUUUUACUUACUUACGCACACACACACAUAAAUUAGUGCCAUGGACAGCCACAUCAUAUCUACCUUACGUUGAUUGGACUAAAGAGUUUAUGCAAUCUUUUAGUUGUCACUAUAUUAGACUAAGCAUAGGUGAUUUGAUGAUGUUGAAAUGGUGCUGGAAUAGUGGAGGCAGCUCCUGUUUUCUUUGCGACUUGUGUUAACCCUACGGUGUUCUAAAUCAAUAAUUGUUUAGUAGUCCGAAAAUGUCGGAAACAUGAACUUGAUUGACCAUGCUGUAGGUCAUGUAACUGUUUGUUACAUGCAAUAUGGUUUGUGGACUCCACCGGACAGAUGUUGCUCUCCGGUUUUGUGAUGAAACAAAGUGGUUGAAUUUAGUGGUUGUCUCGGCCUUUAGGCCUAUAUAUCAAGGUCGCAAGGCAUAUGAACUAACAGGUUAUCGGACAAACAACGCAAUUAUCACAACACGUAGGUCGUAAUAUGGCUUUUUUUCCCUUUGCUUGGCUUCCCCAGUGAUUUUACCCACACACCGCUACUGUGAAUUUGAAAGUUUUAUAUAACGUUGAUAAAUCAAGUGACACUGUAACAGCAUUCAUCUACUUCUCCUUCAUGUCAUUCCAGAGGAGUUCAAUGAUAAGAUCCUGUGUCCGGAGCUGAGUGACUCUGAGCUGCUGCGCCUACACAGAGAGGUGCAGCACCUCUAUGAGACCUACUGCCUGGAGGAGAGCGUCGACAAGAUCAGCUUUGACCCCUUCAUCAUCGAGGAAAUACGAAACAGUAAGCUCUGCUAGAUUCUCAGGACACAAUCAUCGUUCAACGUAGUGUGAUGUGAGCAGCCUUUUUCAAUCAGAUAUGUGCUCUUUUCUCAAAGUCCACAAACCUUAUAUAUGACAUGGCUCUUUUAAAUUGUUUUAAUGUGUUUUACUGCACUCAAUAAUUGCCACUAGUUGCACAGGGGCCUUACGAGGGAGUGGUGAAGCUGCAGACCAUGCACUGCCUGUUUGAGGCCUAUGAGCAUGUGCUGUCCCUGCUGGAGAGCGUCUUCACCCCCAUGUUCUGCCACAGCGACGAGGUGAGCCCAAGUAUAGCACUUACACUGUACUAUACUAUCCAUCUGUGUUCUAAAUUGCACAUAGGGCAUACAUAAUAUGACAAAGUCAAACGAUAUGCAAAAGCAAGUUUCGCUAUACAAAAGCAAGUUGACAAAUGGAUAACGUUUCCCCCCGUUUAGAACUCUUUCUCUCUGCAGUAUUUCAGACACCUGCUGAGGGGGGUGGAGUCUCCAAAAAUGGAUUCCAGAAUGAACAGGUUUGUGCUCCUGAUGGUAAUGACUAACAUUGGAAAGAUGUCUAAUAUUAUUCAAAGCUAAAGUGUUUAGUGUAGUUAGUUUUUUAUAGUCAUAUAAUAUAAUACACACAUUUUGUCUUUACAUCCUAAAUAGAGACUUCAUUGGAGAGCUUUCAUAUUCUUCUAAACAGAAAGGUUAAGAGUAGUUUCAUUUAUCUUAUAUUCAUUCAUGUAAUACACAGAAAGUCUAAAUCAAGUUCACAUCAAGACUGUUACAAGACAUUACGUCUAACAUUAGGGUGGUGUAUUAUUAUUAUUGGCCCCAGUAACAGACUUGUUGACGCCCACCACAUCCCCACAAAGGGCACUGAGGCUAAUUUGUACUAUUUGUGGGCUGGUCCUGUUUAUCCUGGCAGCCGGUAAUUCAUUGUGCCUACUAUUCCAGGAAUAGUCUGAGUUUGGAUGAUAUGAGGUGAGUAUGUUUUUUUUGAAUGAUGCUAAUGUCCCGCGGCUGGCUGCUGUUGAUUUAGCUGCAUGCAAGAGAUGCGACUUAAUAUGCCCAGAAUGCAGUGAAUGGAACCAAAAUUUGCCGUAGAAAAAAAGCAUUGUGGGGCUCUUGUCUUCAGUAGGCUUUUGCAAGCUAGUGUUUAUGUGUUUUUGUAUUGACUUACUCUUUACCGUGUUGAAUUGGUCCUAUUUUAGUUGGACCUUUUGAAUAUACAAAGUCGCGAGUGUUGAAUGGAGGAAGAGGAGAAAGAUUGCAUUGCCCAUAGCCCUAUUACUAGUCUCUUCUCAUGCCGUUUCUCUCUUGGUCUAUCUAUCCUUGUCUUGUGUGAGCGUCCAUAGUUUUCUUGUGCAUAACAGCUGCCCGACCAAGUCCCCCUUGUUGGGACAGUGUAAGGGCCUCAAUUUCACGCCAUCUCUCUUCAACCCUCAUUGGUUGUCCCUAAUGGCAUUAAUUGAAUGUGCAACGUUUCAUAAUGUGUGCUGUCUUUGUGUGUUGAUGUUCGGAUUUGGACAUCAGCAUGGCAUUUUGACUUGAGGUAACGCUGCAUUAACAUCGGACGUUUGCAUAAGUGGCCUCAACAACUGUUGACAGGAACACAUGCAGUCGCACACAAAUCCCUUUCUGUCUCUCCAUUUCCUAGUUGGUGUGUUCACUUGUGUGUUGUUCACGCAUAUGUUUUUGUGUGUGCCUGUGAAGGAACAUCUCAAAGCGAGGGGAGACCUUCGGGAUAAGCAGGAUCGGCAGCAAAAUCAAAGGUGUCUUCAAAAGCACCACCAUGGAGGGGGCGAUGCUGCCGUACGCCAUGGUCAACGCUGAAGAUGAAGCGGUGAGGACUUCCCCUCCAAAUGGCACCCUAUUCCCGAUAUAGUGCAAUACUUUAAAACUGAAACCCAAAGAGAAACCAAGAUCACCACCUCAUCCUCCACUAUCUGUAUAUGAAUAGGUGGUAUUCAUGCUUAUCACUACCAAAGGGUUUAUUUUUUAGUUAAGUACAAUUAAUGGGGCAUUUUGCGAUUGGUACAUCAAUUUUUUGACAUUUAUAUAAAUUAUAUAUAUGAUUCUAGAAGAAUAUAACUUUUAAGUGCCUCAUGAGCUUAGUUCAACUGUCGUCCCACACAUCCCAUGUGUUGCAGAUUGAGGAGGCCACUAUGGUGGUGGAGGAUAACACCCCAGUGGAGGCUUGCAGUACUCCAGGAGUCCUGAGGAACCUGUCAGCCUGGAGCAUCACCAUCCCCUAUGUUGACGAGGUCAAUAGGGAGAGGGUCCCCGUGUUCUGUAUCGACGUGGAGCGCAACGACAGGAAGGAAGGUGAGGGCACGACCAGAGGUGUUUGAGUUAGUCCCAAAUGGCACCCUAUUACCUACAUAAUGCACUACGUUAGAUCAGAGGGUCAUGGUUAAAAAGUAGUGCACUAUGUUAUAGGGCUGGGCGAUAUGGCCUAAAAAUUGUUAUGGGCGAUUCACGAUAUACAGUACCAGUCAAAGGUUUGGACACGUCUACUCAUUCAAGGGUUUUUCUUUAUUUUUACUAUUUUCUACAUUGUAGAAUAAUAGUGAAGACAUCAAAACUAUGAAAUAACACAUAUGGAAUCAUGUAGUAACCAAAAAAAGUCUUAAACAAAUCAAAAUAUAUUUUAUAUUUGAGAUUCUUCAAAGUAGUCACCCUUUGCCUUGAUGACAGCUUUGCACACCCUUGGCAUUCUCUCAACCAGCUUCACCUGGAAUGCUUUUCCAACAGUCUUGAAGGAGUUCCCACAUAUGCUGAGCACUUGUUGGCUGCUUUUCCUUCACUCUGCGGUCCGACUCAUCCCAAACCAUCUCAAUUGGGUUGAGGUUGGGUGAUUGUGGAGGCCAGGUAAUCUGAUGCAGCACUCCAUCACUCUCUUUCUUGGUCAAAUAGCCCUUACACAGCCUGGAGGUGUGUUGGGUCAUUGUCCUGUUGAAAAACAAGUGAUAGUCCCACGAAGCCCAAACCAGAUGGGAUGGUGUAUCGCUGCAGAAUGCUGUGGUAGCCAUGCUGGUUAAGUGUGCCUUGAAUUCUAAAUAAAUCACUGACAGUGUCACCAGCAAAGCACCCCCACACCAUCACACCACCUCCUCCAUCCUUCACAGUGGGAACCACACAUGUGGAAAUCAUCCGUUCACCUACUCUGCAUCUCACAAAGACACAGCGGUUGGAACCAAAAAUCUAAUAUUUGGACUCAUCAGACCAGAGGACAGAUUUCCACCGGUCUAAUGUCCAUUGCUCGUGUUUCUUGGCUCAAGCAAGUCUCUUCUUCUUAUUGGUGUCCUUUAGUAGUGGUUUCUUUGCAGCAAUUCAACCAUGAAGGCCUGAUUCACGCAGUCUCCUCUGAAUAGUUGCUGUGUCUGUUACUUGAACUCUGGGAAGCAUUUUAUUUGGGUUGCAAUUUCUGAGGCUGGUAACUCUAAUGAACUUAUCCUCUGCAGCAGAGGUAACUCUGGGUCUUCCUUUCCUGUGGCGGUCCUCAUGAGAGCCAGUUUCAUCAUAGCGCUUGAUGGUUUUUGCGACUGCACUUCAAGAAACUUUCAAAGUUCUUGAAAUUUUCCGGAUUGACUGACCUUCAUGUCUUAAAGUAAUGAUGGACUGUCGUUUCUCUUUGCUUAUUUGAGCUGUUCUUGCCAUAAUAUGGACUUGGUCUUUUACCAAAUAGGUGUCACGCCCUGACUCGGGACGUUUAUUUGUUGAGUCAGGGUGUGUAUAUUCCGUGUUAUGUUGUUUCUAUGGUGUAGAUUCUACAAUGUAUAGAUCUAUGUUGGCCUGUGUGGUUCCCAAUCAGAGGCAGCUGUUGCUCGUUGUCUCUGAUUGGGGACCAUACUUAGGCAGCCUUUUGGUACCUGUUAGUGGUGGGAUCUUGUUCCGUGUAAGGUAUGUUGUUUGUAUGCUACCUUGGACUUCACGUUUCGUUUGUUGUUUUGUCGUAUGUUUAGUCGUUAAUAAAUAUGAAUGCAUAUCACGCUGCGCCUUGGUCCGUCUCGUUCGUAAACGAUCGUGACAAUAGGGCUAUAUUCUGUAUACCACCCCUACCUUGUCACAACACAACUGAUUCCACAAAUUAACUUUUAACAAGGCACACCUGUUAAUUGUAAUGUAUUCUAGGUGACUACCUCAUGAAGGUGGUUGAGAGAAUGCCAAGAGUGUGCAAAGCUGUCAUCAAGGCAAAGGGUAGCUAUUUGAAGAAUCUCAAAUAUAAAAUACCUUUUUGGUUACUACAUGAUUCCAUGUGUUAUUUCAUUGUUUUGAUGUCUUCACUAUUAUUCUACAAUGUAGAAAAUAGUAAAAAUAAAGAAAAACCCUUGAAUGAAUAGGUGUCCAAGCUUUUACUGGUAGUGUAUAUCUCAAUUAUUUUUUACUCUUUCUCUAAAUAAGCAUUGUUGCACAAUUUAAAGGUAAAAUACGCUGCAUUUCAAACAGUUAGCAAAAAUCUAAUGAAUUCAGAGCUUGUAAAAUUAUACCUAGGCUAAAACAUAAGCCUUCAACCAUAAGCCUUCUAUUUGCUUGCUAACAAGGUAGAACAGUUGAACUGUUAUGGAGACACCCUCCUGUCCGUCUCAACUGUUUGAACAACAUAGCCAGUUCACUUUGUUUAGUGGCCUACCUGGAUAAGAACAUGCUUAUUUCUCAGAAUGAGAAUGAGUUGCCAAUUCCUCAUAUAAAUGAGUAUUUUUAUGCUCAUUGCACGUUGAUAAAAAACAGACUAGACAGCUAGCACAUAAGUCUGUGGCUAAAAUGCUGCUAGUGGUAGCGCGACAGAAACGGAGCAUUAAUUUUCCACAGUCAUGUUUAUUGAUUCUCCCGAUUUAGUAGGGUCUGCUCUGUUAUAAAAGUUGGGAGUUGAGACAUAUAAAAUACUAUCGUUCUCUAUUACAGUAAAAUAAUAUCUUUAAGCGUUUCGGUGUCCAUAUGACCAAUUCUGUUGGACCAAACUUAAAAUGCAAAUAGCAAGUUUAACUUCUUCCUCUCUGACAACAAGCAGUUUAUUUAGUCUUUGUUGUGAGUGGCAGUGGGUGGGGCAUGGUGUCUGUGUGCGGGUGGGAAGGUGCACACAACACAGAAGGAGCGAAGGAGACGAGACCAAAAAUACAUUAACGCUAAUAAAAACGGGGAUAGAAUGAACCUUGAUUCUUGCGAUACAUUGGCAUUUGGAACAUGGAGCUAAAACAUACAUUCAAAUGAAUCGAAUGAAUUUGAUAUGUCGCCCUACCUACUAUGUAGGGAAUAGGGAGCCAUUUGGGACGCAGCCAUAGAUUUGAUGAAUUAUGACAGUGUGGGGAUUGGGAAAUAUAAAACUGCCAUAUUGAUGUUGGUUUUCAAUUCUGUUGAUUCUUGAGCGGUUUUCUCUCUUAGUGGGGCAAGAAACAGAGAACUGGUCCAUCUUCAGAAGAUACAUGGAAUUCUAUGUUCUAGAAAAUAAACUCACUGAGUUUCAUGGUAAGAUGACGCUUAUACUUUCUCACACAUUUCGACAGACAAAGUGUACCUUUUUGGCUUUAUUUCCGUCCUGUGGAUGGUCAUUUGACCUUGUUCUCUUUUGCACAGGCUCAUUUGCAGAUGCACAGCUUCCCUCCAAAAGAAUUAUUGGACCAAAGAACUAUGAGUUCUUAUCAUCCAAAAGGGAAGAAUUUGAGGAGUAUUUGCAGGUAUUGAUUCAUAGGCCUGUUGCUCUGCAUAGUGUAUAGUAACUGUAGUGUAUUCAUGGCAUAUUAUUAUUAUUUUUAAAUCAAAUUACUCUAUCUUCAUCUCUCUCACUUUUGGUGAGUCCUGUGCGUGUGUGCAUAUGCGUAUUUAUAUUGUGUGUGUGGUGCGUGCAUCCGUGCCUGCAUCCAUGCCUUUAUCCAUGCGUGUGUUGGGAACAGAGACUGGUGCAGCACCCAGAGCUAAGUAACAGUCAGUUGUUGGCAGACUUCCUAUCACCUCACAGCAUGGAAUCUCAGUUCAUGGACAAGAUGUUGCCUGAUGUCAACCUCGGUAUGGAGCGUUUUAUAACACAUUCAUACAGUACAUCAUUAACAUUUAUGCAGCAUUUAAUAGCACAUACAUACAUUAUAACACAAGGAGGGCUAAAGAUGCCCUGGAGAAGUACAUGUGCUGUGUUCCAAAUGCCACCCUAUCCUCUAUAUAGUGCACUACUUUUGACCAUACAUUCAUACAGAAUUUAUAGGACUGAAGAUGCCAUGGAGAAAUACAUGAGAAAUCCAUCAUUGAUUAGCUAUGUAGCUCCAUGUGGAGCUGUGUUGAUUAAUUGAUUUUAUUCCUUCUCAGGUAAAAUAUUCAGGUCUGUCCCUGGAAAAAUUAUAAAAGAGGUAAGAGGCAUUUAUCCAAUGAGCUUUUAAUAGUAGAAAGUCUCUUGGGAUUCCAGCCAAUACCAAUAUAUCAAUGUUAUAGUUAAUCUCUGGGACUUAAUUUAACUGGUAAAGGAAGUAGAUAUGAUCAGACAAUAGUGGUGCUGGCCUUCCGGCUCAGUCGACUGAUAUUUAUCACGAUGUUCUGUCUGUGUUUUCCUCUGCAUCUCUGCCUGCCAGAAAGGACAGCACCUGGAGCCCUUCAUCCAGUCUUUCUUCAACUCCUGUGAAUCUCCCAAAGCCAAACCUAGCAGACCAGAGCUGACCAUCCUCAGCCCUACUGCUGAGAAUAACAAGAAGGUGAGGCUAGGGUUGCAAAAUACCCCACAUUUUUGAAAAAAAUCAUAAAAUAAGGUCACAUUUCCCCAAAAUUCCCUGGCUUUAUCUUUACAGUUACUGUGCGUGCCAACUGUGCAAAACUCCCCAUUUGCCCUGGGACCACAUACACACUUCACAGUGAACACUGACUGUAUACAUCCCUCCCAUCAAUCUCAGAUAUAUCUAGGAAUGUAUCCUGCUUCAGUGGACAGCCUUGACCAAUGUUCCCUCUAAGCUGUGCGCGGGUGGACUUCCGUGCAGAAGAAAUAUCAGCCCGCACAGAGAGAAGCACGAGAUUGAACUUCACUCAACUUUCUAGAGUUUUCCCCCUUAGUUAAUACUAUCAAUGUUUCCCUUUACUGUGGGAAUUGUGAUCAAAUCAAUGCAAUAUUAGCCACUUUCAUUUCAACAUUUUAUUGCAGGCAACGACUCAGCUCGUACUCUACACAAACCAGUGCAGCUUAGACCAUUACCAUAUAUAGAUCUGUGCCAUUCACUUUGGACUGGACUGUGUUUACAGCAUGAGCGGUCGUGAGUAGAUGCACUUGUUUUGAGAUCAAAGCGAGAGCUGCAUGUAGCUACGUGUGCACUUUUGUUCAUAUCCUUUGCUACUUAGUGAGUUAUUACCCCAGUUAUAGAUAAUUUGUAGUCAGUAAUGGGGGAGUGAUUGCUUCCUACAAAAGCAUCUUUGAAAAGCGAGUCGGGUAGAGAGCUUUUUCUUGCCUUAAAGGGGCAGUGUUGUAUUUUGAGACAGGUUUGAAUAAGCUAAGUAGCCAAUAGGCAAAGGAUAGCAUAAUUUGUCUUAUUUUCUGUAAUAAUGGUAUGAGAAUAAUAAUACUUUUUAAUAAUUGGUUUCAUUUUCCGUCACCACCUUGUCUGAAGGACAAGUGGAUAAACAGGUUAAUGUCAAGCCCUGCAUGUUUUUUUCUCCAAAAAGUCUCAUGGAAUGUAGGCCUACAUUGAACACCACACAUUGGCUGCUACUGUAGGCUGAAUGAUAGAACAGCUAUUUCCGUGUUAAAAUGUUAUGGGAUGCAUUUUCUCCAUUGUUUUUGAUGGUAGGCCACUCUGGUAGGCCUACAUUAUGAUCAAAUAGCCACAGUAGCCUACUUGACCUCUGUCUGAAACUAACUUAAUGCGGGUACAGCCUUAGUGUUCACAGUAAACGUGUGCUGGAAGUUGCACAACAUUUUCACAACGUUCAAGCUUGCGCUCAGCAGACCUGAAAUUUGCUCAGUGCUGAAAAAAAUUAGAGGGAACAUUGGCCUUGACCCUAACUAAUAAAUUAAAACCAUUCCUCUUAACUGUCAGCCGUUUUCCGAAUGACCCCACGGUGAAUGCUGGAACCAAAUAUUUUAGUAUUUUGUCACGGUGUCAAAUACUCCUUAGCCCUGCUCUUUGACAGGAUGUGCUUAUUUAAGUCACAAUGAUAAAUAUUUGCAUGUUCCUUCCACUAACCAUAAUGUUCCUUCCACUAACUGGUAAUUCCAGGGUUUAUACCAGGGUUUAGCACUUUUGAAAGAACAUAUUCCAUGGAAAUUAUGCAUGUAAAUUAUGAUUGAAAUGAUUAAGUAAGUGUGUCAGACUUGUUAAUUGACUGGUUUGACUCACGCUGAACUGCCUUGAAAGACUGAGUUGUGUGUUUUGUAGUCUUUCAUUUCUCGUCAAUAUAAAAUACUCUGUGUAUCUUCCUGUCUCCCUAGCUCUUCACUGACCUGUACAAAAACAACGCUAACCUGUCCGAGGGCCCGGAGAAGAAACGCAACCGGAACUGCUUUAUGGAGAUGAUGUCAGUAGAAGGGAUGUAUGACUACAUGAUGUUCAUGGGUAAGUGACCAAGCACUAGGGAAGAAGUAGUCCCCUGUGACUGAACCAUGAUUUGAAAUAUGGUAGUCACACAAAUAACACAAACAUCUUGAGCAUAAUACGGCUGUCAUUAGAAGUGAAUCUAGUGAGAGAAUAUGGAGGUUCUAGUACUGCCAGUGAUGGCCACUACAGUACAGUAUAUGUAAUGAUAUGAAGGUUGUAGGUAGGCCUGUGACGGUAAUUGAAUAACCGUGUAACUGAAGGUUAUGGAUAAAGUCUGAAAUGAAAACAAAAUACCAUCAAAACUGUUCAAAUAGGCCUAUAUUCAUUUUAGGAUUUUUAAACAUUUUUAUUAACUUUAUUUUCAUGUAGAUAAACUUUACCUUAUAGUGUUUACUAAUGAUUAUAAGCAAUUUCGCUAACUUAGUAUGUCUUAAAUGUUCUAGAUCUCCUAUUUCCAAUUGUUCUUUGAUGCUUGAGCAGCAAAUCCCUAGAUGCGCGGGGGUGUAGAGCGCUUCAGUUAAAAAAAUUGCUUGAUGUGUUGACUUUCUUUUUAUACAAUGCAGAUUUUCAUUGCUUGCUAGUAAAUAAAUCAAUUGGUUCUUCUUUGAAAAAAGGUUGGAUGUGUUUGACUUCAUUAAUUAUUCAAAAGCAGUCUACAAGGUUAUUCUGGCUCUGAGGCUUAUAAUGCGCUAAUGUUGUGCAAAAAAUGGACAAUGCGCCAAUCUUCUCCAACCUGGCAUGAUAUAAUUUGAUACAGAAUCUUUUCUUCGUUUAUAUAUUCAUCAAUGCUGAUCAGGCCCGGUCCUGGCUGAUAUGCCGCCAUAGGCGAGACAAAGAAAUAUGCCGCCAUCCUAUCCCUGCAAAGUAGAAUAGUAGCAUAGGCUAUAAAGUCUGGCCAGCAAUGCACUUUUAUGAAUGUAUGUUGGUAGCCUACCGUUUGUAAAACUGGCAAUUAACUGUUAAUCCCUGUCAUUUGGUUACAUUCAUUUAUGUUAAUGCCUGUAUUAAUUACAGUAAUUUAAUUAUCGGAGUGGAAACGUUGUUUGCAGAGUUCACAACCUCCUACAGAAAGAUGUUUAGGUUUAUUUCAUACCAUCAUUUACGCGCGCCAUGUGAGCAAUGAGCAUGUGUCUGGUUUCUCUGUCCUGUUAAUGUUGACGGAGCGUGGGCGCCUGAGCACGCAUAGAAGUACCUGGCCUGCUUCUCGUAAAUGUCAAAUGUAGGAAAGUGCCCAGCUGGGCUUCUCAGUAAUGUUUUCUUCACCUCACACAGUAAGUCCAUUUUGUUUAACAUUAUGAUAGUUCCUUUCCAAAACUCUCCUCCUCGAUAAUCAGCGUUGCUGAUAAAUAGGCUAUGUUGUGUGUGUUUAUUAUUGCAAUUUGUAUUUAUUGGUUUAUAAAAGAUAUAAAGAUAGAACAUAGUCAACAGUAACAAAACAUAAACACAGCAACAAGUUACAUUGGUACUAUCCUAUCCAACAGCUGUUGGACAAAAUGUUAAUAAUAAUAAGAAAAUAAGAAAAUAUACUAUGUAAGUACAUGGAUGUAAAUAGUAAAUAUAAAUAAUAGAAGGAUAAGUCAGCGAGCCAGAAAGGACGAGAAGGCUAUGGCUUCUGCUUGGGUGUUACAAAAAGGAAGCCCUUCGGGGGUUUCCUUAUUGCAUAUAUAUGAGAAAGUCUCAAAGAUGGAGGACCAGAAUGGAACUAGUGUCGGGCAUGACCAGUACAUGUGAUACAGAGUGGUGUGUGCCUGAUGGCAUCUAUAUCAGGUUGGCUCUAUCUGGAUACAAUCUGGCAAGUCUACUCCUGCAAAAGUGUAGGCAAUGAAAUACUUUCAACUGUAGUAACUCAUGCCUGAUGCAGAUAGAGGAUGAGUGUAUCCUUUCAUUUGCAGAAUGCCAGGUGAUAUCCCAGCUCCAAAUUCUUCCUCCCAUGCAAUAUUCACAAUAUGUUGCCUGUAUUUGUUUCUAGUUUCAUGAUUGUCAAUUUCAUCUUCAUACUAUAGCAUAGCUGUCCUCUUGAUACUUUCCUUGUCAAUUCAUUAUCUUAUAGCCUACUUUCGGAAAGCCUAAGGUAGGCCUAGUUUUUUUAAAAUAAGUUUUUAAGGGAAGGAUAAAUAUUUGCUUGUGUCUGACAGUAGCUGGUGGCUUUGAUUGGCAGGUGCUUCUGCAUGGGUGUGCCUGUGAGUUCGCUGAUUCUCUCUAUAGGCCUAUAUGUCCAUUCAGAAAGUUUCCUAAAGUAGCCCGUCUGGACUCUCUUGAAUAAAAAUCAAACACUUCUGUCUUGAUUUAAUCUUGUAAAUAGGCUAUUUUCCGUAGCUUAGGCUACAUCAUUUUUCUCAUUACGGCGUCCUCUCUUUGAAGAACAUAUGCCAUCGAAUGACAGCAGCAGGGUUUGUGACAUUAUGUGAAUAUUUGGUGAAAAGUGGGAGAAAACCCAUCGUACUUUAUUUGAAUGGUUUUGUGCAUCGAAAUAGGAUCUGUAUAAUAAAAAAAUAUGCAGAAAAGCCAACACAUGGACAAAGUAGGCAUAUAUCUUCAUUUUGACUCCGUUAAUGUUGUCAAUAUGAAAAUGCAACAUUCUCUCCAACCUGGCAUUUCUUAAUUUGUUGAUUAAUAUUUCUAAGUAAUAAACUGAAUAAUAAUAAUAAUAAUGAAAUGCCAUGAUAAUAACAAAGUGUAAUGGCUUGUUUAAAAUAGGUUUUAUUAAGACGCAUAUCCAUGUAAGCAAGUGUACAAACUGAAUUGUGACCAAAUUCCAAGACCGUCACAGCCCUAGUUGUAGCAAGGUUUGCAUGUCAGGACUGUCAGACCCACAUCUGUUACUCAGUCAGAAUUCUUCUCAUUGUGUUUGGCGCUGUGUUGACAUACUGUGUUGACAUACUGUGCUUGUGACAACUGCUGAUGUAACAAAAUACAUUUGAUUGAAAGAUUGUUUGACCGGCAGGUCGAGCGGUGUUCCACAUGCCAGACUGGUUGCACCACAUCCUGUCAGGGGGGCGGAUCUUGUUCAAGAACACGCUGGAGGCCUACAUGGAUAACUACAUCCAGCACAAACUGGACACGAUCCUGCAGGAGCACCGUGUCGUCUCUCUCGUCACCAUGCUCAGAGGUACGGUGUGUGCGCGCGGGUGCUCAGGUGUGUGUGUGUUGCUUCAGUAAUGUUGCCCCCUUUAGUUAAAUAAAGGUUAAAUAAAAAUAAAUAAAUACAGUUGAAGUCGGAAGUUUACAUACACUUAGGUUGGAGUCAUUAAAAGUCGUUUUUCAACCACUCCACAAAUUUCUUGUUAACAAACUAUAGUUUUGGCAAGUCGGUUAGGACAACUACUUUGUGCAUGACACAAGUAAUUUUUCCAACAAUUGUUUACAGACAGAGUAUUUCACUUAUAAUUCACAGUAUCACAAUUCCAGGGGGUCAGAAGUUUACAUACACUAAGUUGACUGUGCCUUUAAACAGCUUGAAAAUUCCAGAAAAUGAUGUCAUGGCUUUAGAAGCUUCUGAUAGGCUAAUUGACAUAAUUUGAGUCAAUUGGAGGUGUACCUGUGGAUGUAUUUCAAGGCCUACCUUCAAAUUCAGUGCCUCUUUGCUUGACAUCAUGGGAAAAUCAAAAGAAAUCAGCCAAGACCUCAGAAAAAAAAUUGUAGACCUUCACAAGUCUGGUUCAUCCUUGGGAGCAAUUUCCAAACGCCUGUAGGUACCACGCUCAUCUGUACAAACAAUAGUAGGCACCACGUUCAUCUGUACAAACAAUAGUACGCAAGUAUAAACACCAUGGGACCACACAGCCGUCAUACCGCUCAGGAAGGAGAUGCGUUCUGUCUCCUAGAGAUGAACGUACUUUGGUGCGAAAAGUGCAAAUCAAUCCCAUAACUACAGCAAAGGACCUUGUGAAGAUGCUGGAAGAAACGGGUACAAAAGUAUCUAUAUCCACAUUAAAAUGAGUCCUAUAUCGACAUAACCUGAAAAGCCGCUCAGCAAGGAAGAAGCCACUGCUCCAAAACCGCCAUAGAAAAUGCCAGACUACGUUUUGCAACUGCACAUGGGGACAAAGAUCGUACUUUUUGGAGAAAUGUCCUCUGGUCUGAUGAAACAAAAAUAGAACUGUUUGGCCAUAAUGACCAUCGUUAUGUUUGGAGGAAAAAGGGUGAUGCUUGCAAGCCGAAGAACACCAUCCCAACCGUGAAGCACGGGGGUGGCAGCAUCAUGCUGUGGGGGUGCUUUACUGCAGGAGGGACUGGUGCACUUCACAAAAUAGAUGGCAUCAUGAGGAAGGAAAAUUCUGUGGAUAUAUUGAAGCAACAUGUCAAGACAUCAGUCAGGAAGUUAAAGCUUGGUCACAAAUGGGUCUUCCAAAUGGACAAUGACCCCAAGCAUACUUCCAAAGUUGUGGCAAAAUGGCUUAAGGACAACAAAGUCAAGGUAUUGGAGUGGCCUUCACAAAGCCCUGACCUCAACCCUAUAGAACAUUUGUGAGCAGAAUGGAAAAAGUGUGUGCGAGCAAGGAGGCCUACAAACCUGACUCAGUUACACCAGCUCUGUCAGGAGGAAUGGGCCAAAAUUCACCCAACUUAUUGUGGGAAGCUUGUGGAAGGUUACCCGAAACGUUUGACCCAAGUUAAGCAAUUUAAAGGCAAUGCCACCAAAUACUAAUUGAGUGUAUGUAAACUUCUGACCCACUGGGAAUGUGAUGAAAGAAAUAAAAGCUUAAAUAAAUCAUUCUCUCUACUAUUAUUCUGACAUUUCACCUUCUUAAAAUAAAGUGGUGAUCCUAACUGACUUAAGACAGGGAAUGUUUACUAGGAUUAAAUGUCAGGAAUUGUGAAAAACUGAGUUUAAAUGUAUUUGGCUAAGGUGUAUGUAAACUUCAGACUUCAACUGUAUAAACCUUUGACUGUUUAUUGACUUUCUUCCCCUCCUAUUUCCUUCCUAAGGCUCCACCAAAGGGUUUGAGGGCAACACACACAUUCAGUGUUUAGCAAUCUCACUAUGGUGGUGUUGUGAACUCCGGUCCAUUCAGUUCUGGAAUUGCCUUGCCUUACUUGAUCCACUUCUCCCAGACUCAUGAUUUAUGUUUUCUGCCCAAUAUUAGAUGCUGUGUUCUGUGAGACCAGUGAGGAACGCGCCACAGUAGACAAGCAGAGAAGAGCCAAGAAGGCAUUUGAAGAGAUGAUUAAUUAUUUGCCAGGUUAGACCCAAGCUUUUAGCCUGGUCAUGACAUGACACACUUUGCAUGACAAGGAGUGACAAGGAGUCUGAGGGGGUAUCAGGGGGAGUUGGGAUAUGCAAAAAACAUUUCCAAUUCACACGUGUGAAAUAGGGAAAAAUAAGCACACACCAAAUUGUUAUUGUGCAAACAGACUGAAACUCAGACUACUAAGCAUUGGCUGACAACUGAUAUUUUCAUCUGCUUCCAACUGUUGAACAGAUCAAGUAUGCACUCUCUCUACACAAGAUGUCUAGCCAACAGCAUGAUUCAUUGAUGUGUCUUCCAUGUCUUAACCACAACUCAUUAGCAACCGAGCAAGUUCCGCUUUCAGUCACAUUGUGUUGACAAAUGACAUCCAGACACAAAGAGAAGAGUUUUCUCCAAGCCCAGAUAUUUUCCAUUUCAGAAACACUCCAGUUUCAUCAUAGAAAUACGUCCCAUUGCCUGUGCAUGUGCCCCUAUGGACCCUGGUCAAAAGUAGUGCACUAUAAAGGGAAUUGGGUGCCAUUUGGGACACAACCUGUGUCUGGUGAACACUCCCUGAUUUAUUAUCAGUUUCAUUCUAUUCUCUGGAAGCCUGGUCCUACUUUUGAAAGCAUGUUCUGGCAGGAACUCGAAUGAUGUCAUCCAUGGAAAUAGAAUGAGAGAAAUUAUAAUUUGAUGGGAUCACUUGCCAAAGGUAUAGUUAUCUCUAUGGUGACAAGGGUUUUUAUGGACAAAGUGGGCCUCAGUUCAGUUAUACUGUAUUGAUUUGUCUUUCUGUUUUUUCACCUCAUAGACUUUGUGGAAAAGUGCAUCGGACAGGAGGCCAAAUACGAGGGCAUCAGGCUUCUCUUUGAUGGUUUUCAGCAGCCACUUCUUAACAAGCAGGUAAAGCUAACAGCCAAACAAGGAGACAAAUAACAGCUUGUCUGCAGCUAAGGUCUCAUGGUGGAUUAUCUGUUUUCUCUCCUCUUGUUUCUGUCCUCUGCCCCUCAGAUGACUUACGUUCUGAUGGAUAUUGCUGUCGAAGAACUGUUUCCAGAGAUCGGCAAGGUAAACUCCUAAGAAUUAUAUAUACACAGGGCAACCAUUUGUAAUCCGUUUGUCAUAUUAAGUAUGCCAUCUUGUGACUUGGAAUGUAAUUACUCUGCUGUAUAACACAGUUUUGGAUACAUAAUGUCUUAUUGAAUUUAAGCAUCGCUCUGACACAGGGCCCCUUAAAGUUUACGCUCACUUUGUGUUUUGUUAAUGUGGUUAUCAACUGCAUGUCUUUUCCAAACUAUUUAGACAUUUAAGACCCAUUUAUUUAUAAAGUAGAAAGGUACCAGGAUGUAGUUUGUGUACCUUCCGUUGGAUACUGUGAUGAUAUGUUGUCUAUUCAGCAGGGACAGAGAGAGUCAUCGGCCGACAGUAGCCAGUGGAUGUAGAUAACAGGAAAUGCAAUACACUUAACAAAUGCCAAUGUCUCUGGGAGCAUAUCAACAUUCCAAUGUACAAU